UGACGCUCAGUCAGUUAGCUUGUCAGUCAGAACUGUCUCCCCGUUUGACAUCUGUCUUCAACUAAAACGGCCUUUUUUCACCUUGGAAAGCUUCACUUCACUUUAUGCGGCGUUGUCGUGCUUCACUUGACGCAGUUUUGUGUUUAAUUUAAGGAAACGCCCUGAGCGUUUCUCCUCCCGUCAUGUCUCACAACUACCCGUACAAACGACCGCCGUCUGACACCGAUCUCAGACCUGAUGGAUCCUAUGGCUCUUCAGACCACCGUCACACCUCAUCGGACCAUGACUUUUACAGGCAGCCUCAGGAGUCCUUCUCCUCAUCCCACCUGUCUUCCUCUUCCUCCUCCUCCUCCUCGGCCUCCUCCAGAGGAGCUCAGUGGUCGCAGGACGGCGCUCUCAGCAUCCUUAGCAGCUGUGGUCUGGAGCCCAGCGACCUGGCUCUGCUGGCCGAGCUCCCUGAAGACGUCCUCACCGUCGAGUCCCUGCCUCAGGUCCUCAAACAGAUCAAAGGAAAGAGGGGGACCGUCAAACCUUUCCCUCCCAGUGCUCCUUCUCCUGCCUCCUCCUCUUCCUCUUACCUCCCCAGCUCCUCCCGUCAACUUGCUCCCAGCUCCUCUGCCAGCGACUGGGAACAUCCCCGCAGCCAGCCCCUCCAGUACCCAGUGGACAACAUGACGCCUGAUCCUCUUUCAUCUGAACUGGACCGCUGGGGGAAUCCCAGGACCUGCGGCUCCGUCAGGACAGACCAACCAUCAUCAUCAUCGUCGUCCUCCAGCUACAUGGUGGACUUCCACCACAGACCAGGACCCUCUGAGUAUGGUAAGACAGGCAGAGACACUGGUCCGCUUCCCUCUCGUGACUACAACCACAUACCAGGACACUCUGAUUUUGCCAAAACAGGCAGAGACUCUGGUCCAGUGUCCCCUCAGGACUACAACUACAGACCAGGACCCUUUGAGUAUUCUAAGACGGGCAGAGACUCCAGUCCAGUGUCCUCUUUGGACUACAACCACAGCACGGGACCCUCUUAUUAUGGCAACAUGGGCAGAGACUUUGGUCCAGUCUCCUCUGUGGACUACAACCACAGACCAGGACCCUCUGAGUAUGGUAAGACAGGCAGAGACGCCGUUCCAGUGUCCUCUGAGAAACCACCCUCUUUCAGCUCAACAGGAAGAGACAAAAGACCCCGUGCUUCUCGUUUCUGUCAGCCGACACCAGCUGAUCACAGGUCAGCUCCUCCUCCUCUUCUCCCAGAGCUUCUGAAACUUGACACCUCUUCCAGCUUGAUGCCGCCCCAAAAACAAGCUAUGGACUUCUACGGGACGUCUCCGACGACGUACCCGUACUCGUGCUCUCUGUGUGACAUCACUGUGAUGUCAGAGAAGGUGUGGAUCAAACAUAUAAACGGGCCUCAUCAUGCUGACGGACAGCUCGCACUCCUGCAGCAGUUUCCUAACUGGGACUGUCGCAUGGAGAAUAUCAGCAGGGUUGACAACCAAUCGCAAAAGAGGAAGGAUGAAGGAAAUCCUGCCCGAGCCCAGACAGCCAAUCAGAGCGCCUCCAUUCCACAGGCAAAUAAAAAAACAGAAAAGAAGACUGCAGAGAAAAGCAAAGUGGUAUGUGUGAAGUUUCCGGCUCAGUCUGUGGACGAGGCGUACCUGAGGAAACUGAGCGAACCGUUCGGAAAGAUCGUCAAGAUCCUCAUGUUUCCGUCUUUAGCGUUUGUGGAGCUGGGCUCCAUCGACCAGGCGAGGGACCUUGUGAAGUUCCACGCUAACUAUCCUCCGACUGUAAACGGAGAGCAGAUGGAGUUCAGGAUCUCUAAGACCUUCAACUUCCUGCAGAGUUCUCGGGUGGUGUGUUUCACUCCGGCUCCGACAGGAGAGGACAGCAAAUCAGAUCUGAUCAGCAUCGUCAAACGCUUCGGCUCGCCGCUCUUUUCCCUCUUCCUGCCGUCUAAGGCGUUCAUAGAGAUGAAAAAUACUCCCGAUGCUCAGAAGCUGGUGGAUUAUUAUUCCUCCAGAUCUCUGAGAGUCAACAAUGACGUCCUCACAGUUUCCUAUUCUGUCGAAUACAAGAGCCUCAUGCGGGUCCCUUCGGCAAAAAGGUACGAAGAGGAAACGUGUUCGACCAAGAGGGAGAGGAGUUCAAGCCGAGAGACGGAGGACAAGACGACAGAGACCAAGAGGAAGAGGAGCAGUAAAGACCGAGAAAAGGACGAUGGAGAGAAAUCCAGCAGAGACAAGAGAACCAGGUCCAGAUCCAGAGAAAAUGACACUAAAGAAAAAAGGUCCAGAUCCAAAGACAGAUCCAGCAGAGACAGGAGGACUAGAACCAGAUCUAAAUCAAGAGAAAAGUCCUCUAAAGAGAAAAGGUCCAGAACCAGGUCAAGGUCCAGAGACAAAUCUAAGGAAACGUCCAUCAGAGGGAGGACCUCCAGGUCCAGGUCCAGGUCCAGGUCCAGAGAUACAUCCAGCAGAGACGGGAGGACGAGAACCAGGUCAAAAUCCAGAGAAAAGUCCAACAAAGAGAAAAGCACCAGGUCCAGAGAUAAAUCCAGCACUGAUCGGAGGUCCAGGUCCAAGUCCAGAUCCAGAGAUGAAUCCAGCAACCAGUCCAGAGAGAAGUCAGUGGUUCCAGAGAAAAACGAGACGACUGACUCUGAGUCCAGGAUUGAUCCUGAUCCAGCUCCUGUCAGAGACUCCAAACCUGAAGAGGAGAAGCGAGACGAGACUGAGGAUGAAGCAGAGUCGUCUGCAGACGACAGCGACAUCGAGGGGAUGGAGGUGAUCGGGGAGGAUGGAGAGACUCUGGAGAAUGAAGAUGUGGACAUUUUUGAUGAUGCUGAUGAAGAAGAGAAGGAGGAGGAGGAGGAGGGGGAAGGAGACAGUAAUCCUGCAGAGAGAACAGACUUACCUGAACCUGAAGAUGAUAAAAAGGAGGAGGUGAAGGACGAAGAGGCUGCUGAUCAAGAUAAAGUAAUAGAGGAGGAGGAGAAACCCAUACACGAAAAGGAGCAAGAGAAGGAGGAAUCUAUAAAAAAGGAGGAAGAAGAGUCAGAAUCCAACAGAGAAGCCGAGGAGACUCAGCUGGAGGAGGAGCAGGAAGAACCAGAUUUCCCAGUAGACCUGGAGAACUGCAUCACUCUGGAUGAACUGGGAGACAACCAGUCUGACAACCAAGAUGAAGAAGUCAAAGAGAAACACAAAUCUUCGUCCUUCAGAGUGGUUUACUUCGACCAUCUCCCGCUGAGUCACUUCACAGACUCUGACUUCAUCAAGGUGGUAAAAGAUUUUGGGACGGCGGUGCGAUACUUCCGGCUGCCCAUGCGCCGAAAGGGUUUCAUCGAGAUGUCGACUUCUGCGGAGGCUCUGAGAGUCGUGAAUGAGCUGACCUCUAAAACGUUCACCCUCAGUGGCUGCAAAAUCUACGUCAACAUCUCCAACAGAUACAAAAGACUCUCAAACGGGGUGAUCGUCCCCAUGGACAAAGAGAAGAGGACGGAGCGCAGGAGGAGUGAGAGACUAAACAGGGAUGAGUCUGAUGAGAGGAAGGUGUCCUCGAAGAAGACUCCAAAGAAAGACUCUAAAAAGACUCCGGAGAAAAGGUCUUUGUCUAAAAAGACUCCAGAGAAAGAUUCCACAUCUACAAAUACUCCAGAGAAAAAGCUAUCGUCUAAAAAGUCUCCAGAGAAAAACUCAAAGUCUCAAAAGACUCCAGGGGAGUCAGCGGCCAAUAAGAAAUCUUCAGAAAAGGAGUCUGCAUCCAGAAAUUCUCCAGAGAAGAGGCCAGAAAAGAAAUCAGUUGUCAAAAACGAGUCAGAAAAGACGUCCAGAACACCAGAAGAAGAGUCAAUAAAGACUGAAGAGAAGAACUCAGCUGAGGAGGAGUCUGCUGCUAAAAAAGCGCCAGAAAAAGAGCCCUUGUCCAAAACUAGUCCAGAAAACAAGAGAUUAAAAAGAAAAGGGACUCAUGAGAAUGACACGGUGCCUGAGAAGAAAGAAAAGACGAAAGAGUCGACAAGUGACGAAACUCAAAGAAAGCGGGAGCUGGAGGAAGACGAAAAGAAGGAAGGGUCAGUUGAUAUGACUCAAGAGACAGACAAGUGUAAAGACAAAAAGACUCCAAAGACAGAGGAGUUCAAAGACAAAAAGACUCCAAAGACAGAGGAGUCCAAAAACAAAAAGACUCCAAAGACAGAGGAGUCCAAAGACAAAAAGACAUCCAUGAUGGAUGAGUGUAAAGAAAAACAGACCCCAGAGACACACGAUUGUGAGGUCAAAAAGACUUUUGAGAUGGAUGAGCUUAAGGACAAAAAGACGUCCAAAGAUCAGGAGGAGACAUCUGAACCAGGACUGAAGGACUCAGAGGAUUCAAAUCAACCAGACUCUACUGGAGAUCCUCCAAAACCACAAACUGAGCCGAAAGCUGCUGCUGAUGGGCUGCAGGACUCAGAGGUGGAUCAACAAUGUGGACCAGCAGGCAGCGCUGCAGAGCUGCAGAAACCCACCAGACCUGUUGGAGCAGAGUUUGUUCGGCCGGUCGUCGGUUACUUCUGUAACUUGUGUCAGCUGAUCUACGCUGACGAGGACGAAGCCAAACUGGAGCACUGCAGCACCGUGAUGCACUACAGAAAGUACCAGGAGAAGACGGGCAAAGAUCCGUGGGCGAGCUGAACGUUAAACUCAAGGUGAACCAACACAACUUAAAAAAAAGAGGAGAGACUGAACAGACAAACACUUUUUAGUUUUUAAUUUAACCCACAAGUUUCUUCUCUGAUGUUGCUGUUCAGGCAUCCGCUCUUUAAGGUUGUUUUCAUUUCGUUUCUCUUCUCAUUCAGUGUUUUGCUGGAGGACACGGCGGCAGGGUUAAAACCUGAUGUGAAAACAUCUGGAGCGAGUUAUUCCUGUUAAAAUCAGCUGAAAAUAAAAAUGUGAGAAAAUGUACAGUGAAGAGGCUGCUUUGUAGCUUUCAUAUUUUUAUAGCUAAAUGUUUUAUUCUAUUUUCAAGAGCUGUGAAAUGACUUUCUAACUCAACGGUGGAAGAACUCACUUAAAAACAAACUUGCAUUUGAGGAAAGUGGUUUAUUUAACAAAACAUACAAAUUAAUAUUAAACAAAAAUUUCCAGCUGAAAACAACAAGUUCAACACAAAAUAAAUUUAAUUUCUAUGAGGAUGAAUAUUUUACGUCUUCAGAAGUUCAUUUCUGAAAUCAAAAGUUUAAAAUAUUACUGCAGAUUGUGUUUUAAACCUGAGAAAUAAAAGCAACAACAGUGUAUCUGGCUGCGUGGGCCUCCUGGCAUUUAGUGGAUGAAUACACUGUUGUUUGUCAAGAAAUAGUCCCAGCACAACAAACCAGAUGCCGACACGCCAAAGGUUUGGCGCAGUGUGGACGAGGUUUUCCAGAAAAUGUUGAAACUAUUCCUUCAAUAAAAAAACGCACAUCCUUGUACAGA